AUGACGCUCUACUACACCCUCGUGUUUGUCCUCCUGAUGGUGGAGAUGGCCGUGUUCAUGCUCCUCAUCAUGCCCAUGCCCUUCAAGCUCAAGCGCAAGAUCUUUACCUUCAUCUCGGAGAACCCCAUCGUCGCCAAGAUAGAAUAUUGGAUGAAGAUUACCUUUGUCUUCAUACUCAUCCUCUUCAUCGACAGCGUUAAUCGCGUGUACCGCGUCCAGCUCGAGCUGCUGGCCGCCACGGAGCAGACCUCUAAGGGAGCCGCCGUCAUGGGCCACGAACGCCUCGAGGUGCAGGCCCGCAAGUUCUACUCGCAGCGCAACAUGUACCUGUGCGGCUUCACGCUGUUCCUGUCGCUCAUCCUCAACCGCACCUACGUCAUGAUCAUCGAGGUGAUGCGCCUCGAGGACCGCGUCCGCGCCUACGAGGGCACCAAGGGCGACACCAAGGAGAGCGAGAAGCUGGCCGUCGCGGGCAAGCCCGGCGAGCUCGCGGCCCUCAGGAAGAAGCUCGAGCAGAAGGAGCAGGACCUGCAGACGCUCAAGAAGCAGAGCGAGCAGCUCCACAAGAGCUACGACGAGCUCAGCGACAAGUACGCCGCCACGCAAAAGGACGGCGAGGCCAGGAAGGAGAAGUAG